AUGACUUCAAAGGCUAUGUGGGAGGUUGAUCCAGAGACAAGGUCAAAGCUCCUUGAUAUUUCCAAAACCAAUGGAAAUGACCGAUGUAUCGACUGCGGCGCACCUUCUCCCCAAUGGGCUUCACCAAAAUUCGGCGUUUUCAUCUGUCUAUCUUGCGCUGGAGUUCACCGCGGAUUAGGAGUCCACAUUAGUUUUGUAAGAAGCAUCACAAUGGAUGCUUUCAAGGCGCAAGAAAUCGAACGAAUGAGAGAAGGAGGAAAUAAGACUUGGAGGGAAUUCUUCGAUCAGGAUGAUAGAAACGUCAUGAGUGGUAUCACUUGGGAUGAUGCAACUAUUGCUGAGCGAUACUCUGGCGAAGUUGGAGAGGAAUACAAAGAACGACUCACUGCCAAAGUCGAGAAACGCGAAUACGUCCCUGUACCAAAAGCCUCGGCUUCAAAAUCUACAACUGCUGCCACAUCUUUCUCCAACCAUAGUUCUAGCAACUCCCAAUCACAAACUCCUCUUGGAACAAGAAACGCCAGUCCUUCUAAUGGCAAAGUGAAGGUUGACGAUAGAUAUUUUGCUGGACUUGGAGCUGCGAACGCAAAUCGAUCCGAGGAUUUACCACCUUCACAAGGUGGCAAAUACGGAGGUUUUGGAAGUCAACCAAUUGAGAGAGAAGAUAAUAACGCAAAACUGCCAGGCCUCGAAGAUUUACAGAGAGAUCCUGUCGCGGCACUUACCAAGGGCUUUGGAUGGUUCACAACUACUGUGGGAAGGACGGCAAAGACUGUUAAUGAAGGAUAUAUACAACCUACUGCUGCGAAGAUCGCCGAGUCCGAGGUAGCGAAACAAGCACAAAUUACCGCCGCUCAAGUUGCCCGAAAUGCGCAAACUGGAGCCAAAAGCGCCGCAGAUGGAUUCAACCGUUUUGUUGAAGGCAGUGGAGGUGGUCCUUCUAGGAAUGUACCCAUUGAUGAGAGCAAGAAGGAUUUCUGGGAUAGUUUUGCUGAUGCUGGAACCAAGAGACAACAUGCACCAAGUGCAUCAAUUGGAACUGCGGCCGUCAAGAGGAAUGGUGGAGGUGGAAAUGGAAGUAGCGUUGGGGCAAAGAAAGAUGAUGAUUGGGAAAAGUGGUAG